UUUUUCGCGACGUCAAUAUCAACUUCCCAUCACAACACCUACCUAUUCAGCGAACUUUCUAUUUCUCCAUCAAAAUAAUUUUGGCCAAAAAGCAGCUUCGAGAUCGCAAAUACAAAUUGGCCCUCAGAGUCAUCGAGUCACGACGUCUCCAUACAAUUACUAGCACUCAUUGUUCCUCAAACUCACCAGCCUUGAAAUCUACCAUCGACACCAAUUUCAACACCUCCUCACCUCUCCACAAUGGACUACCAAAACCGCGCCGGUAGCAAAUUCGGCGGCGGUGGCGUCGCCUCCACCAGCGCAACCAACGCCGACCGACGGGAACGACUCCGCAAACUCGCGCUCGAAACUAUUGAUCUAGACAAAGACCCGUACUUCUUCAAAAACCACGUUGGCUCCUUCGAAUGUCGACUUUGUCUGACCGUACAUCAAAACGAUGGAUCCUAUCUCGCACACACGCAGGGACGCAAACAUCAGACGAAUCUCGCGCGGCGGGCCGCCCGCGAGGAGAAAGAGGGACGAGCAGGUAUCGAUCCCAUUACGGGGCUACCUGUCGGAAUGGUAGGAGCGCAAGUCAGUGUGCGCAAGAACAUGGUGAAGAUUGGACGGCCCGGGUAUAAGAUUACGAAGACGCGGGAUCCGGUUACGAGACAGCAGGGAUUGUUAUUUCAGUUGCAGUAUCCCGAGAUAGCGGCGGAUGUGCAGCCGCGCGUUCGCUUUAUGAGUGCGUAUGAGCAGAAGGUGGAGGAUCCGGAUAAGGAUUUUCAGUAUAUGUUGGUAGCAGCUGAGCCUUAUGAGACGUGUGGAUUUAAGUUGCAGGCAAGGGAGAUUGAUCGCUCGAAUGAUAGAUAUUGGACUUGGUGGGACUCUGAUUUGAAGGAGUUCUGGGUUCAGAUUAUGUUCAAGACGGAGAGAGAGGAGAGAUAUAGUGGUGUGCCUGGUUUGGCUCCAGUCAGGUGAAUUGGAGAGGCAAUGUCGGAUGGAGUUCAGAGGAGUUUGUAAUGGCUAAUUGUACUAUAAUAUGAGGUCACGGGAAUAUCACCAGGCACAAUACCGAGCAGUUGAUAUCAUUUCAAUUUUUGA